GGAGGUGCAGACCCCUCCCCUCGGCCCAGUUCGCCUGGCGGCAACAGGCGUCACGUCGGUGAGAAAACAUGAGCCGAGAUUUCAAACCCGGAGACUUGAUCUUUGCCAAGAUGAAAGGUUAUCCCCAUUGGCCAGCCAGGGUGGAUGAAGUUCCUGAUGGAGCAGUAAAGCCUCCUACGAAUAAAAUGCCUAUUUUCUUUUUUGGCACUCAUGAGACGGCAUUCUUGGGACCAAAGGACAUAUUCCCUUACUCUGAAAAUAAAGAUAAAUAUGGCAAACCAAAUAAAAGAAAGGGUUUUAAUGAAGGAUUGUGGGAAAUCGAUAACAAUCCCAAAGUGAAGUUCUCUCAUCAACAGUCCCAUCCAGCUGUUAACACUCCUAUCAAAGAAACUGUUCAAGAAAGCAGUCAGGAGCCUGCAGAGGGGAGUGAAGAAAAAGCAGGAGCCAAAAGAAGAAAGUCUUCUGUCCCAAAAUUAUCCCCUAAAGGCGAUAGUAGCUUACCUACAGAAGCUGAAACAGAAGAAAAGGAGAUGGAUACUUCAAAGGAAGAUGUUCUACCUUCUGAAAAAAUCAGUAAAGAAGAUGUGGUGAAAACAGAUGAUGCAUCUAUUCCUAAAGUUGCUAGAAGAGGCAGAAAAAGAAAGGCUGAAAAACAAGCUGAAGCCGAGGAAGGAGUGGCACCAGUGGCAGGAGCAAUGGCAGCAGCAGCUCCUGUGCCAGUGUCUCCAAAAGUAAGCCCCAAAAGAGGAAGACCAGCAGCUUCUGACAUAAAGGUUCCAAAACCAAGAGGGAGACCCAAGUUGGUGAAACCACCUUGUCUUUCAGAGAGCGACCUCGUUAAUGAGGAGGAGAAGGCAAAGAAAAAAGGACCAGAGGAAAAGCCCAAAAAGCAAGGUAAAAAAGAUGAGGAAAGUCAGAAAGAAGAGGAGAAAUCAAAGAAGGAGUUUGACAAAAAGGAAGGGAAGAAAGAGUCUGAACCAAAAAGGAAGAAUGCUGCAAAAGUGGGUUCUGCAUCAGCUUCUGAUUCUGAAGAUGAUGGAGAAGAGCAGGAAGGUGACAAGAAGAAAAAAGGGGGAAGAAGCUUUCAGGCACCUCAUAGACGAAACAUCGUAAGAGGCCAACAUGAGAGAGAAGUGACAGAAAGAAAGCGUAAGCAAGAAGAACAGACAGAAUCUGAAUUGCAGAGUAAAGAAGAAGGCAAGAAAAUAGAAGUUAAGAAGAUGGAGAAGAAGAGAGAAACAUCAAUGGAUUCUAGGCUUCAAAGGAUACACGCAGAAAUUAAGAACUCCCUGAAAAUUGAUAAUCUUGAUGUGAAGAGGUGUAUUGAGGCUCUUGAUGAGCUUGCAUCCCUUCAAGUCACAAUGCAACAAGCUCAGAAACAUACAGAGAUGAUUCUGACUCUAAAGAAGAUACGGAAAUUCAAAGUUAGCCAAAUUAUCAUGGAGAAAUCUACAAUGCUGUAUAACAAGUUCAAGACCAUGUUUCUGGUUGGGGAAGGAGAUUCAGUUCUUUCCCAAGUACUAAAUAAAUCACUUGCUGAGCAGAAGCAGCACGAGGAAGCCAACAAAACCAAAGAACAGUGGAAGAAAGGAGCAAACAAAAAAAUGGAAAAGGACCAAACAGGUUCAAAGGUUCUGAAUGGAGGGGCUGAACCUCAAGACACCAACCCGUCACAGCACAAUGAAGAGAACACUGAGGAAAAGAAAGAUAGGCAUGAAGUUGGCAGUAAGAAAAAGACAUGUGGUGAAGAGAGUGAGAUUGAAAAGCCAGCAAAAGAUCCUGCCUUUGAAAGCAAAUGAUACCACUGGAGUCUUUUUUUUUUAAAUACAAAUUAAAGAGGUUGUUAAGUUUUGCAUUUGAAAUCUAUAGCCUGCUGAAAGUUUUAAAUAAUUUUAUAAGCAUAGUAUUUUAAA